GCGGCGGCGGCGGCGGGCGGGAGCCGAGUGUCCCGUGUGCACGUGUGGCAAAGCGGCGGCACCAGCGCGGCGGCGGGGACAUCUCCGCCCCCUCCGGAGACGUAGGGCCGCGCUCGACUCUCGCGGACUCGGUCACCCGCUCAGCUCCCAGCCCUAGGCGAGGAGGCCGGCUAGUGGGUUGAGUGGCCCGAGCUUAGGGCGCGGAGAGCCCAGGGCGGCGACGACGGCGGCGGUGAUUUCGGUGGUAACGACGGCUUCGGCAGGCGGGAAAGAUGAAAGGUAGCCGGAUCGAGCUGGGAGACGUGACACCACACAAUAUUAAACAGUUGAAGAGAUUAAACCAGGUCAUCUUUCCAGUCAGCUACAAUGACAAGUUCUACAAGGAUGUGCUGGAGGUUGGCGAACUAGCAAAACUUGCCUAUUUCAAUGAUAUUGCAGUAGGUGCGGUGUGCUGUAGGGUGGAUCAUUCACAGAAUCAGAAGAGACUUUACAUCAUGACACUAGGAUGUCUGGCACCAUACCGAAGACUAGGAAUAGGAACUAAAAUGUUAAAUCAUGUCUUAAACAUCUGUGAAAAAGAUGGCACUUUUGACAACAUUUAUCUGCAUGUCCAGAUCAGCAAUGAGUCGGCAAUUGACUUCUACAGGAAGUUUGGCUUUGAGAUUAUUGAGACAAAGAAGAACUACUAUAAGAGGAUAGAGCCCGCAGAUGCUCAUGUGCUGCAGAAAAAUCUCAAAGUCCCUUCUGGCCAGAAUGCAGAUGUGCAAAAAACAGACAACUAAACAAAUUAUAAAUGAACUUUCUUGCACUUGCUUGUCGCCAAAUAAAAGAGAGGCCCAUUGAUUACCCCUUUUUCUUUUUCAGCUUUUCCCCCCUCCUGUUUUGUUUUUCCUAUUUUCUUUUUCUCUUCUAAAAAUUUCAGUACUUUGAAGAACUUUUAAAAUUAAUCAUGUUUGAAUUGUUGUAGUUUUCUUUUGUGUGAGGUGGUUUGAUAGUAGGAAGGAAGGAGAAGGUAUAGAUUUGUUUUCACACUUAAGAUACGUGGUCCCCAAAAUAUGGGUAUCAAUUUCAAAUAUUUGGUUUUUUGUUGUUGUUUUUUUGACAUCCUGCUUUCACAUUGAAGGGCAGAACCUACAAAAUAUUGUGUAUUAAAGAAAAAAGCAGCAGCAAUAUCUUGUUCUCUAACUCAUAGACAAAGUUUAGUGUGUUUGUGGUACUUUGGGUUUUUAAAGACUGUUUUGUGGGAUAAUGCUAAUCCCUAAAUAUUGUCUUCAUGCCACCUUUUGUCCUUCUGAGUACUAUCUCAGGAAGUGGACCAUUGUUAUCCUUGUAAGAAAUAUUAUGCUUAUUUUGUUUUGUUUUAAACAAUCAUUUCUUCUCUUCCUUGCUGGUGGUUGAGGGUGGGUGGGAUAAGUUUGGGUAGAUAGUGUUAUUCUUUGGUCUCAGUAUUUGAGUUAAAUUGCUUUUUGCUAAUGAAGUGGGCUGGUUAUUAGCAGGUUUAUUUUUCCUGCUGUAAAUUGUUAUUGGUGGCAUUAACCUUUAGGGUGUGGGCUGGUGAGAUUAAUUUUUUUUUAAUAUCCCAGCUAGAGAAAUGGCCUUUAACUGACCUAAAGAGUUUGUUGUGAUUUACUUUAUAUUUCCUUUAUCCUUAUUUUUCAGUAAACCCACAAUAGUUAGUGUCCUUAUAGGUCAACACCCCUAAAUAGACCUGAAGCAGAAGUUGUCUCUCGAACAUAUUUAAAAAAAAAAAAAAAAAAAAAACAAAAAC